AUGCCUGCUGAGUCUUGUAGAGAGAUCAAAGCCAGCGAACAAGGGAUGGCGGUUAGCGGUAGAUAUUGGCUGGAGCCCCGGGAGACAAAAAUGAAAUCUAAGAACUUUCUGGUUUAUUGUGACAUGGUAUCGGUGGAUCAGGUCUGGACUCUCCUCGCUCGGUUUUCAAACAGUGACACUAAAAACUGGAUGGAUGACUCAGGAGAUUGGUGGUAUGACAGUACUCAAGCUGCAGGAGAAACCGCUGAUCCGUCGUAUAACGCAGACAUGAUCUCGCCGGCGUUCUGGCUGAUCGGUGGCAGUGGAAUUACGGAAAUACAGCAAGAAUGGCAAACACCAUUAGACCAGGAUCUUAUCUCUAUUUGCAGCAAGGGUAAUUUUUCAGAAUUAAAAGCUACCUGUGAUGUCAAUGAUACAGAAGCUGUAAUUGUAAUGGUUGUUAUCAGUGACAGUGACAGUGUAGUCAUCUCUAAAGAUUUCAUGAUUCCAAGUGUGGCAUGUUCAUCACAGGAAGACCAGGAAAACAUGAUGCUGGAAGUCACUUUGCUAAGUAGUGAGUGGAAAUCAUCAACUGAUGGGGACUUGUCAACUAUCAACCGAGAGCUGGCCAUCCAGUUAGCUAAACGCCAUAAUGUGGAUGUUAGUGUCUUGCUUCCAAAUUGCAGUGAAGUGGACAGGAGCAGUGCAGAAAGUCACAAAGUGAAGCUCAUCAAAGCAGAUAAAGUUCCUGGUUAUGACCCAGUUCUUUGCCUGUCAUUUCCUCCAAGGGACCAUACAAUGGACUGUGUCAUUGGUCAUGGAGUUCACCUUGGCCGACCAAUUGCUUCCAUCAAGAGAAAUCCAAAUUACAGUCAUUGCAAAUGGAUUCAAGUUGUUCACUCUGCACCUGAAGAAGAUGGAAAAAACAUUUCAGAAGGUAAACAGAUGCAAGAAACAGAAAUCCAACUCUGUAAAAUGGCUGAUCAAGUUAUCACAAUUGGACCCAAGCUGGCAGAAGCUUACAAGCGUUACCUUCGUCCAGUUAAACAGGAAGAAAAAGUUUUUGAACUUACUCCAAGCAUUUUCUCUGAAUUUUUGGCUGUAAAGCAAGCCCCUGAAGAAAGAAGAACAUUCUGUAUUCUUGUAAUUGGAAGUGGUGAGUACUGUGGAGAUUUCAAAGGGUACGACAUAGCUGCCAAAGCAAUUGCUGAGUUGAAAGAUGAAUCUUACAAACUCAAGUUUGUCUGUGCAGCUGGAGGAAAAGCAGAUAUUGUGGCAGAAAAGUUACUCCAUGAUGGCAUUAGUCAUAAUCAGCUUAUUGUUCGCAGCUUUGAUGAUGACAGAGAAGUGCUGGCAAACUUAUUCUGUGAAAUGGAUCUUGCAAUAAUGCCAUCCAGGACAGAAGGUUUUGGAAUAACGGCUCUGGAAGCGUUAUCUGCUGGUCUGCCUGUACUUGUCAGUGGUAAUUCAGGACUCGGAGAAGCUCUGAAGAAAGUCACUUUUGGCUCACAGAGUGUGGUAGACUCUGAAGAUCCUAAAGACUGGGCCAAAGAAAUCAAGCGUGUUCACCAGAAAGAGAGAGUCGUGCGACUUUCAGAGUCAAAUCUUCUACGUGAAAAUUACUUGGAGAAGUAUAGCUGGGAGGAGCCUUGUAGGAGUCUUGUGAUAAAGAUGAAGAACCUUGUCUUCGAAAAAGCUCCAAAUGUUUCUUUAAAGAGAAAAAAAACCGAUGGGAAUGGACAAACAAAGUAUUUCCGAAAAGAGGCUCCAAACACCUCUGUAAGGAGUAAAACAACUGAUGGGAAUGAACAAACAAAGUCUGUUCAAGAAUGUGGUGGCCAGUUGGCAGUCUACCUUGGUUUUUUAGACCCUGAUUAUGAAGACCAUCUCCUAAAGCUCAAGAUCAUGGCCAAAGAGUUAAAUGAUGAACAGGAAAAAAAAUUGAGUGACGAAUUGAUUCGUUAUGCAACUACCUACUUGAAGAACAACAAAAUGUCAUCCUGUUUUUUUUCUAUUUUGCAAGACUGUUAUAACCUUGUGAUGAAAACAUACGGCUUGGGUUGUUUAGAGAUAACAGUUCAGUGUCCGACCCUGGACAGCCUUCAACUUCUAUGGAGAGACUUUCUUUCUGGUCACCUCGACAAACUUGCAGAAGAAUACCUGGUGUCGAGCACGAUCAAGACAAAACUUGACGUGGACAUUGUUAAGUUUAAAGUGACUAUCAAAGAGGAGGACUACUUAGCAUGCAAGGCAUCAUUCUUGCAACAUUCUGCUCCAUAUGAUUCAACAGAAAAAGCACAGAGAAAUACAAAAGAAGCUUUGGCAGCAGCAGGUACAGCUGUAAAAGGAAGCAGAACAACUUGA